AUGAAGCUUACUUGGUUUACCCUUGCCGUCGCUAGUCUUACUGUUGCUCAGAAUCUCGACGGUGUUAGUCCAUGCGUUAAGUCCUGUAUCGAAAAGGCCAUCCUAGCUGCUGGUUGCACUGGCGACAGCACGCAGGUUGCUGCUUGCGCUUGCACUUCAGACACUCAGGCUAAACUCCUUGGCCCUGUCACCCAGUGCGCUACCGAGAACAAGUGCGACAGUGCUGAUCUUAUCAAGGCUCAGUCAAUCAUGUCCAAGGGAUGUAAAAAUGGUUCUGAUUCCUAG